CCUACCGACCGCCGUAAGGGAAGACGCGUUGUUGCUUGCUGCGAGCCGAUAUCCGUGUUAUCAGUGUUGCUUGGUGUUAUUGGUUCGACUUACCAAUUCAACAUAACAUACAAUAGUGUACACUACAUAUGGCGACGAGGUAAACUGUACCUCCAAUGGCACAGUACACCUUAGAGAAGUUUGAAUGUGAAGGAGAAGUUGGUUCAGUCUCUGUCCGUUGGGAAAGAUGGAAGAGAAGUCUGAACAUUUACCUCGAGGCGGCAGGCAUAGACACCGAGACAAAGAAAAGAGCCAGUCUUUUACACUUCGGUGGUACAGAGUUACAAGAAAUCUUCUACAACAUCCCGGGAGCUAAUGCAACUGAAGGCGAACUUUUUAACAUCGCGAUUGAAAAAUUGGACAACUACUUCGCGCCUAAGCAGAGCAAAGUGUAUGAGCGACAUCUGUUUCGUCUCCUAAAACAGGAACAGGAUGAGAAAUUUGAAAAAUUUCUUGUCAGACUUCGACUUCAGGCCAAGAAGUGUCAGUUUGAGGAUAAAGAAGACGAGCAUAUCAUAGACCAAAUUGCUGAAAAGGGCAAGACAGAAGAACUCCGAAAGAAGAUACUGAAAACAGGGGACAAGAUCACGUUGGAUGAAAUAGUUGCAGAAGCGAAUGCAUUGGAAGCCAUAGAUCGUCAAUUAGGAAACUUUGGUAGGAAACCGGUAGAAAGCGAGUCAAUCAAUAAAGUAAGUACAGAGAGAUGGAAAGAGAAGCCACCCAGAACUAUUUGUAGCAGAUGUGGAAGUACUAGACAUAUGGCCCGUGACAACAUCUGCCCGGCAAUAGGAAAGGCUUGCCUUAAAUGCGGAAUAUUAGGACACUUCAAAAAUCAGUGCCGGACGAGAACAACUCAGAAGAGGAAAAUGGAAAGAGAGGCAUCAGCGAACAGCCAGGGAAUAAAGAAGAAAAGCAGGACAACAAAUAACAUCGAAGAAACUGCAAACAUAAGCACGGAUGAAAGAAAAGUUGACUACAUUUUCAAUAUUGAGAACGACGUAAAAGCCAAGUGUAACAUAGGUGGAAGCAACGUAGAGAUGUUGAUAGAUUCCGGCUGCAAGCACAAUCUUAUAACGGACAGAACCUGGGAAAGAAUGAAGAAAGAUAACGCCCAAGUCACCAACCAAGAUCCGAAUCCUGAGAAAACGUUCGUAGCUUAUGGGAGUGCCACACCGCUUAAGCUUUUAGGAUCAUUCAAAGCUACGAUAAAACUUUCCGGAACAUCACAGGACAGCACAACAUUCUACGUGAUCGAAAACGGCACACGGGACCUACUUGGACGUGAGACGGCAACCGCUUUGGGAGUACUCCAAAUCAAUUUGGAUAUCAACCAGGUUGAAAUUGAGGCGUUUCCCAAAUUCAAAGACGUCUUAGUUACCAUCCCGAUUGACGAUUCAGUGAAACCCGUUGCUCAGCCGUAUCGGAGGAUUCCCAUCCCUCUCGAAGAAAAAGUAGAGAGGAAACUUGAAGAACUACUGAAAAGGGACAUUAUUGAAGUUGUGAAAGGGCCUUCUAACUGGAUCUCGCCUAUAGUUCCUGUGCUUAAAGACGGAGGGGACAUCCGAUUAUGUGUCGAUAUGCGCCGAGCAAAUGCGGCCAUACAACGUGAAAACCAUCCACUGCCAACGAUGGAAGAACUGUUGCCAAAAGUUCGAGAAGCCAAAAUAUUUAGUAAACUGGACAUACGAGACGCGUUUCAUCAUAUCGAGCUUCACCCUGAUUCAAGACAUAUAACGACCUUCAUUACUAGCAAGGGAUUGUAUCAAUACAAGAGGAUGAUGUUCGGUAUCUCGUGUGCGCCGGAGAUUUUCCAGAAAACACUAGAACGAAUCCUUUUGGGUUGCGAAGGAGUCAUCAACUUUAUAGAUGAUAUCCUAACGUUUGGCAAAGACGCAAAAGAGCACGAAUUAAGGCUUAAAAAAGUUAUGACAGUAUUAAAGGAAAAUAACGUGAUGUUGAGAGACGACAAAUGCAUUUUUGGAAUACAGAAAGUUCACUUCCUAGGACAUGAACUGUCGGAACAGGGAGUUAAACCACUAGAUAAGUAUAUCUUGGCUAUAAAAGGAUUCAGAGCCCCGACUAAUGUCGCUGAAUUGCAGAGCUUUAUGGGUUUAGUAAACUAUGUGGGAAAAUGGAUACCUCAUUUAGCAACAGUCACAGAACCCCUCAAACAACUGCUACGCAAAAGAACCGGAAGAAACACGGACAUUCAAGAGGACUGGGGAGACGCCCAAAAGAAAGCAUUUAAUGAUUUGAAAGCGGCGCUAAUGAAGGUACCAAAAUUAGGUUAUUACAACCCAAAUGAUAAGACUGUGGUGAUUGCAGAUGCAAGCCCAGUGGGUCUGGGUGCAGUACUGGUGCAGAUCAAUAAGAACGGACCGAGAAUUAUUGCAUUUGGCAAUAAAACCCUCAGCAGCUGCGAGCGUCGUUACUGCCAAACAGAAAAAGAGGCCUUAGCCCUAGUUUGGGCAGUCGAACAUUUCAACAUGUUCCUGUAUAGCAAGAUGUUCGAUCUAGUAACGGACCAUAAGCCUUUGGAGGUAAUAUUUGGUCCAAAGGCAAAACCGUGCGCUCGCAUUGAAAGGUGGGUGUUAAGACUACAAUCCUACAACUUCAAGGUGAAAUAUAGCCCGGGGAAGACCAAUAUAGCCGAUCCACUAUCGAGACUCUGUGAAGUGGCAACAAACCCGACGGCUAUAUUUGGAGACUAUGUUCAGGCGGUUACCGAAUCUGCGCGACCAGUAGCCAUCCCAUUGCAAGAUAUUACUGAAAGUUCCCUUGGAGAUGCAGAGAUACAGAAGGUCAAAGAGGGCCUUUACGAUGGAAACUGGGAUGAAACAGUUAAAGCCUAUAAACUUUUCCAGAACGAAUUAUGCUUCCAUGGCGAUAUCCUCCUCAGGGGGACGAAAAUUGUAAUCCCAACCAAAUUACGCAGAAGAGUUCUGGAAGCUGCGCAUGAAGGCCACCCAGGGAUAGUCGCGAUGAAGGGCAGAUUGAGGACCAAGGUAUGGUGGCCUAAGUGCGACAAAGAUGCUGAGAACAUAUGCAAAGCCUGUAAAGGAUGCAUCUUGGUCUCUGCACCCAGCGCCCCAAAUCCAUUAAAAAGAAGAGACUUACCCUCCGAACCGUGGGUUGACAUAGCAAUUGACCUCAUGGGCCCCUUGCCUAGUGGAGAUUAUAUCCUGGUUGUUGUGGAUUAUUACACCCGAUAUAAAGAGGUAAAAACAUGCAGGACCAUAACAAGCUCUGAAAUAAUCGGAAUGCUUAAAGAUAUUUUUAGCAGGCUUGGCAAUCCGGUCUCCCUUACAGCAGACAACGGGAGACAAUUUUCCAGCGAAGACUUUAAGAGGUUCUGUGCAGAGAGGAACAUACGGCUUUAUAAUACCAUUCCCUACUGGCCACAACAGAAUGGAGAGGUGGAGCGCCAGAAUAGGGACAUUCUCAAACGCCUCAAAAUUUCUCAAGUGCAAAAAAAGAACUGGAAGGAGGCUCUUCUUGAGUACAUGGCGAUGUACAACAGUACACCUCACACAGUUACAGGAAAAACACCUGCGGAACUGUUCUUUAGACGACAAUUUAGAGACAAGCUGCCUAUGAUUCAAGACAUGACGCAUUCCUCGGCGGACCUUGAAAUGAGGGAUAGAGAUAAAGAACUAAAAGAAAAAGGGAAGGAAUAUGCGGACAUGAAGAGGAGAGCUACUGGUUGUGAAUUGGAAGUUGGAGAUAAGGUAUAUGUCAAAAAUAUGACUAAACAAAACAAGUUGAGCUUGAACUACGAACCCGAGACACAUACCGUCGAAGAGAACAAAGGAGGAGACGUAAGUCUCCGGAACGAUGAAACUGGUCAGCGGAUCAGACGAAACGUCGUACACCUCAAACGUGUGGAAGGACAAUGGAAGGUGUUAGAUGAGGAGAAUAAUGCCAGUGAUGCUCAGACAAAUGAUAGUGGCGAUGUAAAUCAAUCACAACUCGGGUGGAUAAACUGA